UUAAACAUUAAUAUUACUUAUUUUAAAGUUAAAUAUAAACUUAUUCCGCAAAUGUUCAUUUAUUAAUUUCCCCCAUAUUUCUUAUUAUUUUUAAAGGAUUCGGUUAAUGUCUUAAUGGUAAUUACCUAAGCAAACAUCAAACAUUCAGAUAACCCGAAUAAAUACGAAUAGUCUUAUCACAGGACGUGAUAGACUGCUUUGAAGGGCGAUAACAUCCUAGUAACGUGGCAUUUGGGGUUAACUACCUCCCUGAUUCGGUAUUGAGCUUCCCUGCGAUAGCACACCUGAGCUCUGCAAUGUGCGGAGUAGAUACCUACUUAAAUGCUUUUGUUAUGGGGAAGAUGUUCGCUGUAAUCUAUGCUCCUGCGCGGCCUGCUUGUUCGCCUUCGGUUCAUGCCGGUUUCGAGCAGAUGUCACUAUAUACAUCCAAUGUAAUAAGUCUAUCAUCGCAAAAAUCGCAAAAAUGGCAGAAGUCGAAAUAGGGCAAAAGGAUGGAAUUAAGGCGAACGUUGCUGAUAAUCAGGAGGAUGUUAUCGGCGACCUGAAAGUCGAGCAAGACACACGUCAUGUUGGCACGCUUGAUCGCAAACUUAAGUCAAGACAUGUGCAGUUUAUGGCCUUGUCGGGCGCUAUCGGUACAGGCCUUUUCGUCGGUAGCGGUCAGGUCCUAUCCCUUGCCGGUCCUCUAUCUGCCUUUCUUGCUUAUUUGAUCACGGCGUUCAACGUCUACUGCGUUGUGCAUAGCCUAGGCGAGAUGGCAACCUAUCUGCCCUUACCAGGUGCCGUCCCCGUGUACGCCUCGCGAUAUGUCGACGAGGCCUUGGGCUUUGUCCUUGGUUGGAAUUACUGGUACCAACUUGCCAUCGGCUGCCCGCUCGAGGUGACGAUUUCGGUUGUGGUGGUGGACUACUGGCCGAACGACGUUCCCAAAGCCGCGCUGAUCACCGUCUUCUUCUUAGCGAUGGUUAUUGUCAACUGCUUCCCGGUACGCGUAUAUGGCGAAGCCGAAUUCGUCUUCGGCGCAAUUAAGCUUACGACCAUCGUUGGAUUGAUCCUUCUCAUGUUUAUCAUUACCUUAGGCGGAACUCCAAGCGGCGAGAGAAUUGGAUUUAGAUAUUGGAACGAUCCUGGACCCAUGAACGAAUAUCUGGUCACGGGAUCACUCGGAAGGUUUCUCGCCUUUUGGAAGGUAUUCAUACAAGCCACGUUUUCAUAUGGAGGUUCCGAGAUGGUAGUAAUUGCUAGCGGCGAAACCGAGAGCCCACGACGCAAUAUCCCCAAAGCUAUCCGCCGAGUUUUCUGGCGAAUCGCUCUAUUCUACGUCCUCGCAAUAUUCUUGAUCACUCUGUGCGUGUCAUCCCAAGAUAGCCGUCUCUUAGAUGCCAUUAAGAACUCGGCUCCCGGCGCCGCGGCUUCGCCUUUCGUCAUCGCUAUCGAGAACGGCGGAAUCAAAAUCCUGCCUUCUAUUAUCAACGCUGUCAUACUCACUUCUGCUUGGUCCGCUGGCAAUUCUUUCUUCUAUUCAUCCACCCGAGUUUUAUACGCCGCGGCCUUGGACGGAAAAGCGCCCAAAUUUCUUAGGUACGAAAAAUGGGGUGUCCCGUACGCCUGCGUUGGUGCCACGACGGCCCUAAGUCUGCUAUGCUACAUGAACCUUAACAACAAAGGAGAAGAGGUAUUCUUCUGGUUCUCAAAUAUCUCGUCCGUCUCGACGUUGAUCGUCUGGUCGGCUAUCUGCAUCACCUACCUGCGGUUCUACUACGGUUUGCGAUUUAACGGGAUCUCACGAGACUCUCUGCCUUACAAGUCGCCUUGGCAGCCGUUCCUAGCUUACUUCGCCAUCUGCUUUUCUGUCAUUGUUGCGUUUUUUAACGGGUACGACGCGUUCUUCCCGGGAAAGUUCAGCGCAAAGACGUUUAUACCUCCCUACAUUGACAUUCCUAUUUUCGUCAGCUUAUUCUUGGGUUAUAAGAUAAUAAAACGAACGAAACUAGUUAAGCUAAGCGAUAUGGAUUUAUGGAGCGGUAAGGCAGAGGUAGAUAGUUUGGAGGGGACCUGGCCGGAAGCGAAACCUAGGAACUUUUUGGAAAAAGUUUGGUUUUGGAUCGCAUAAGUUUUUAUUUCAUUAAAGGUA